AAUACAUAAAUAAAUAAAAAUAAAAAAGAAAAACACUAUACUAUUUUCAGUCAUUUUCUCUUUCCUCCUUCUCCGCCCCUGGAAACCAUGAAUCUAAUUUCCUUGUCUAUUGAUUUGCCUAUUCUGGAAAUCUCAUAUGAAUGGAAUCGUACCCAGUAUGUGGUCUUUUACAUCUGGCUUCUCUCACUGAGCAUGUUUUCAAGGUUGACGCACAUCCAGCCUGUGUGAGUGCCUUGUUCCCUUUCUAUGGCUGAGUGACAUUCCAUAAUGUGGACAUACCGCAUUUUGUUUCUCCAUUUAUCAGUGGAUGCACACGUGAGCUGUUUUCAUCUUUAUUAUGAAUAAUGCUGCAUGGACAUUCAUGUAGAGAUUUUUGUGUGGACAUAAGUUUACAUUCCUCUUAGAUAUGUACCCAAGAGUGGAGUUGCCCCUUCUGGGCUCAAGUGGUAUCUUCCAGGAGUAUCUCUGUUUAACAUUUUGACAAACUGCCAAACUUUCUCAAAGCAGUUGCACCAUUUUUGAAUCUACCAGCAAAAUCUGAGAGGUCCCAUUUCUCCACAUCCUUACCACUGUUUCAUUUUGUUUUUAAGACAAAGUCUUGCUCUGUCACCCAGGCUGGAGUGCAGUGGUGCAAUCUCAGCUCACUGCAACCUCUGCCUCUUGGGCUCACGCCAUUCUCCUGCCUCAGCCUCCCAAGUAGCUGGGACUACAGGUGCAUGUCACCCUGCCCGGCUAAUUUUUGUAUUUUUAGUAGAGACAGGGUUUCACCAUGUUGGCCAGGGUGGUCUCGAACUCCUGACCUCAGGUGAUCUGCCCACCUCAGCCUCCCAAAUUGCUAGGAUUACAGGCGUGAGCCACUGCGCCUAGCCUGUUCCAUUUUUAUAACUUCUAUUUCUUUGCUGAGAUUUCAAUUUUUCCACUUAUUUCAAGAGCAUUUGCAAUUUGUUGUGGAAACAUUUUUAUGAUGCCUGUUUUAAAAUCCUUGUCAGAUAAUUCUGACACCUGACUCUUCCUGGUGCCGCCCUUAGUUGGUUAUCUCUUACUGAAAUGGUCGUGUCCCUGGGUCUUCACAUGAUGAGUGAUUCUUAACUGUAUCUUCUCUCAAGGGUUUUGGUUCCAACGACAGUUCAGUUCUCAGAGUUCUUGCAAAGCUCUUCCGUGUCAUUCUUCUGGUGCUGCUGGGACUCCCACUCAAACCCUAAUCCUACCCCUACCCCUAACUCUGCUAGUGCCAUCUGCCGGCACAGAGGACGCCUCCUUGGCUGUCUGGGGCCACUGCCUUCUGUGGUGGUGGCAUGGCUGAAGCCGACGGGCCCGGGUGGAGGGCAGAGACGCAGGGCUUCACUGAUGCUGUGCUGUGGGCAGGUUGGACCACCUGCCUGAUGGUUGGGUCUAGUCCCAUCAGCAGCUUGAUCAGUGUGGGAGGAAACCCACAGCCUGCACCCUCCCCAUGUCUGGUGAUGCUCAGGCCAGCAAGGCAUUGGCUGCUCUGCUCACGGAUGAGAGGCAGAGCUGCUGAUUCGCUCUGGAAAGGCUGUGGCUGUCCCCAUUGGACCCUGGAGGUCCUUGGCAGCUCCCACUUCUGUAUAUGUGAUUCUGGGCUGUGACCUCCGCCAUUGCCCCAGCUAAGCAGCGAGAGCUUGCUGAAGCCCAGAGGGUUGUGGGACCAUGAGGGCAGCUCUCUGGACCCUGGGACUCGGGCCCCUUCUUUUCAAUCUCUGGGCAGUCCCCAUUGGUGGACCAGGUGCUCUGAGGCUGGCGUACAGACACAGCACGUGCGACCAAGUGGCGUUGGUCCGACACCACGGGGCAUGGGGAUACGUGUGCAACCAGCAGUGGAUGCUGGCAGAGGCCUCUGUCGUGUGCAGGCAGCUGGGCUGCGGCCCUGCCGUGGGCGCCCCCAAGUAUGUCCCGCUGCCUGGAGAGAUGGCCCAGCCCUGGCUUCACAACGUGUCCUGCCGGGGCAACGAGUCCUCCCUCUGGGAGUGCAGCCUUGGCUCAUGGUGCCAGAGCCCGUGCCCCCACGCAUGGGUGGUGGUCGCGCUGUGCUCCAAUGGCACUUUCCGGGAGCUCUGGCUGGUGAAGGGCCGCAGUCCCUGCGCGGGACUCCCCGAGAUCAGAAACGUGAAUGGGGUGGACCGCCUCUGUGGCCUGCAUGUGGAGGAGGCCAUGGUGUUCUGCCGGGAGCUGGGGUGCGGCCCUGUGCUCCAGGCCCCCCGCCGGGACGUGGGCGUCGUCAGGAAGUACCUGGCCUGCAGGGGUACCGAGCCCACCAUCCGCAGCUGCAGACUGGACAACUUCCGCAGCGGCUGCGACCUGCGGCUGGUCGCAGAGGUGGACUGCUCGGGACACACCGAGGCCCGACUGGUGGGCGGCGAGCACCCCUGCGCCGGGCACCUGGAGGUGAGGCGGGGCCUGACCUGGGGCACCGUCUGUGAUGCGGACCUGGACCUGGCCACGGCCCACGUGGUGUGCCGGGAGCUGCAGUGCGGGGCGGUCGUGUCCACACCCAAGGGUGCCCGCUUCGGCCGGGGCUCGGGGCCGGUGUGGACGGAGGCCUUCCGCUGUGUGGGCAACGAGUCGCUGCUGUUCCACUGCCCGCGGGGGCGCGGGAGCCAGUGUGGGCACGGCCACGACGCGGGGCUCAGGUGCUCAGAGUUCAGGAUGGUCAACGGCAGCAGCAGCUGUGAGGGCCACGUGGAGCUCCAGGUGCAGGGGUCCUGGGCACCCCUCUGUGCCACCCACUGGGACAUAGCAGAUGCCACCGUCCUCUGCCACCAGCUCAACUGUGGCAACGCGGUGGCCGCACCUGGAGGAGGCCAUUUUGGGGACGGGGAUGCUGCCAUCUGGCCUGACGCCUUUCACUGUGAGGGGACAGAGCCCUACUUGUGGAAUUGCCCGGUAAGCACCCUGGGGGCCCCGGCCUGUGUCCCGGGAAACACAGCCUCCGCGGUCUGCUCAGGUCUGCCCCACGCCCUGCGACUGAGUGAAGGACAGAGCCGCUGUGACGGCCGCGUGGAGGUCUCCCUGGAUGGCGUGUGGGGCCGCGUCCUGGACGAUGCCUGGGACCUGCACGGCGCGGGCGUGGUGUGCCGGCAACUCGGGUGCGGAGGGGCCCAGCAAGCCUAUGACGCACCUGCCCCCAGCCGCGGAUCCGUCCAGGUGGCGCUGAGCCGCGUGCGCUGUCUGGGCACCGAAACCCGCCUGACUCAGUGCAACGUGUCCGCGACCCUGCAGGAGCCCGCGGGGACCUCGCGGGACGCUGGCGUGGUGUGCUCCGGUGAGGGCGGAACCGCGUCCCCCAUGGCCCGUCGCCACGGGAUCCCGGGCGCCCUGACUCUGUCUCUCCACAGGGAGCCUCAGGGUGCGGCUGGCCGCGGGGCCGGGGCGUGUGCGGGGCGCGUGGAGGUGCUGCACGGGGGCGCGUGGGGCACCGUGUGUGGCGAUGCCUGGGACCUGCGGGACGCGCACGUGGUCUGCAGGCAGCUGGGCUGUGGCCGCGCCCUGAGCGCCCUGGGGGCCGCACACUUCGGAGCCGGGGCAGGGCGCAUCUGGCUGGACGAGCUGGGCUGCCAGGGCCACGAGUCUGCGCUGUGGCAGUGCCCGUCGGCGGGCUGGGGGCGGCACGACUGCAGGCACAAGGAGGACGCCGGCGUCUUCUGCUCAGAGUCGGUGGCUCUGAGGCUGCGAGGUGGGACCUGCUGCUGUGCUGGGUGGCUGGACGUGUUCUACAAUGGGACCUGGGGCGCCGUGUGCAGCAAUGCCCUGAAGGACCUCUCCUUGUCCAUCAUCUGCAAGCCUGGGGUGUGGGGAGUGGGGCUGGCUGGAGAACAGGCCCUUCCCCUCUGCGGGCACCGGGACCGCCUGGGUGGACAACAUCGAGUGCUGCAGGCUGCCCAACUCCACUCUGUGGCAAUGCCCUUCCCACCCAUGGCACCCGCACUCUUGCGACCUUUGAGAGCAGGACUGUCAGAGGACAGGCCACAGGCUGCCGGGGAGCCCCUCAACUGCUCCUCCUCGCUCGGCUGCCCAGAGGAGGGCGCACUGCGCGUGCGCGGGGGCGAGGACCGCUGCUCCGGGCGCGUGGAGCUCUGGCACGCGGGCUCCUGGGGCACCGUGUGCGACGAUGGCUGGGACCUGGCGGACGCGGAGGUCGUGUGCCGCCAGCUGGGCUGCGGUCGGGCCGUCGCCGCCCUGGGGGCCGCCGCCUUUGGCCCUGGCUCCGGGCCCGUGUGGCUGGACGAGGUGGGGUGCCGGGGCAGCGAGGCGUCCCUGUGGGGCUGCCCUGCGGAGCGGUGGGGACGCGGAGACUGCGCGCACAAGGAGGACGCGGGCGUGCGCUGCUGGGCCCCUCCCUUGGCCCCUCCACCUGCCCACAAGGCCUGGGCCCUGCCUGAGAUCACCUGCCUGGUCCUUGGCUCCCUCCUGGGCAUCAUCUCCCUGUUCCUGGGGACACAGUGGUGUCGCCGCAGAGCAGCCUGCAGGGGUUGGGAGAUGUCAGGCCAUCUGUCCUCAGAGGGUGUCUAUGAGGACGUCGGAGACUUCCCCAUGGGGGAGAAAGACGAGGGACCUGCAGCAUCUGCGGACCUGGGCCUGGAGGAGGACUAUGACGAUGGGGGAGAGCCUGAGGAUGGCGCUGGGGAGGAGGCGGAGGAGGCCAGCGUGCUGCUGAGCCCCGCAGGUGUGCACCUCUGUGCCCUGGCGUCCACGGUGCUCUUCCUGCUGUACUGCUCCGAUGCAGAGGGCACGGCUCUGGCCAGCGCCUACAUCGAAAGGACUGAGAGCUGCUGCUCAUGUGUCCGUGACUUUCUCUCCUGUCUCAGGCCUGAGGCAGUAGGACUUUUGGCUGUCCUUUCAAAGCUGCAUCUCCCAGUGGGUAGAUGUGGACUUAGGGAGGUCGUAGGUCCAUAUCUGGGUUACUUUGGCAGCUGUGCAGUGUCCUUCCAGCACCUUGUCCCAGUUGGCUGCAGGAGGGGCCUUGGGCAGCCCAGGUCACUGUGAGAAGCCAUAUCACUGUCUCCCGACCCACCGUGUCCCAUCCUUGUCCCUUUGUGGCUUUGCUUCCCAGCCAGAAACCAGGACAUGAGAACUCCUGGGGCUUUGAGAAAUCGCUCAGCACCCCAAUGGACCCUGUGUCUGUCUCCCUAAACACAGGCGGGGCUCCUUUCAGCCUGGGUCCCGAAGCUGAAGCUGGGAUGGAAGACCAUGGUGGCCUCUGCCCCAGGACGUGAUGACCUGGAGCUGACGGUCCCGAAGCUUUCCCUGACCAUCAUCCUCAUUGCUGACCACACCCUGCCCGGACCUGACCCACCAACGGUCCCACCCACCCAGGAUUCCACCACUCAGGUCCCCAUCAUCAGGCAUGUCUAGAUCUUUUCUGACUUCUUCAUCUCAGGUUUCAGCAUACUGGUAACACCCAGGUCUAAACAUCCAGUGAGUCCGUCACCUGUAGGGUCUUUUGGCCGUGCAGGCCUCUGUCUGGCCUCUGUGUUUGGCCUGGCAUGUGGGCAGUGUGCUGUUGGCCUCACUGAUACCAGCUCCGUGAGCAAUGAGGACCCCCAGCUGCACCCUUGGGGUCUCUCUGCACUCUGCCUCCCCUCCCCCAAACCCCUCCUCUCUCCCAGCUUCCUGGGAUUGUGAGGGGGACCCCUGCUUGGGUCCAAGGACCACGUCGGGUAGAGAAGAUAAACCAGAAGCCCCCUUCCUCAGACAGGAAGCCCAAUGAGGGUGCUGAGGGGACGUCCAGAGCGCGUGGACAGGGCCUCCGGGCAGAAGUGUGGUGCUGAGGACGUGUGGCCACCUUCCUGGGGUGCAGCUGGAGCAGCUCCUGAUACAGCUGUGGGGCGGAGGGCUUACCUAACGUCUAAGUACACCCUACUCCACGAGAACCAGCAGGUCCUGCUGUCAGGGAACAACCCCUGAUCGAGGGUUGGCCAACCUGGCUUGACUCUGUGCGAGGCAUGUCCUUGGGGCCAAGGUCGGGGGUAGGGGAUGUGGGCUGUCCCUGGGGUGGGUGAGGGCAGGGAGGCAUGAGGUUUGUGGAGGGGCCAUAGGGGCGAGAUCAGCAAGGUGGCAGGAAAUGGGAUGAGGUGUGAGCAUGAGACAGACCUGGAGGACACCUGGGGAGCAGAGUGAGGCUGUCAGUGCUGCGGGGAGGACCCUGGCAUCACUGCCCGCUUCAGCCUUGCCCUUUGUGCCGGCCUCGCCCCUCCCAUUUAUUCCCCUAGGUCUCCCAGCAGCAGUGUUUUUAUGAGUUUCUUUAUGGUGAUUGGCACAGACACGGGGACCUAGAGCUGCGUGCCCCCACCCCCGCCAAGGCCUCCCGAGGGCUUUCGCCAUCCUGACUCCGCGUGCAGGGCACUAAAGAGGCCCUUUGCAAGUUAGAGUGCAGGGAAGCACCUGAGGCAGCUGCAGGUCCCAGGUGCUGGGCUCCGGCACAAACAGCCUGGUGGAUGGGUCUGUGGCCUUUUCUGGAAAUCUUUUCCUCUCACUCUCCUGGUCUCCCACAUAGAGGUCUAAAAACCUGAGUCACCCUGUCCUGAACUGGUUCUCUGGCAAAUCUACUGGAAAUUAACCUUUAUUGAUAUUAUGCUGCUUAUAAAAUAACACAUGCUUAAUUAUUGUAAAUUUAAAAACAGGCCAGAUGGGGUGGCUGAUGCCUGUAAUCCCAGCACUUUAGGAGGCCAAGGCAGGCGGGUCACUUGAGUCCAAAAGUUCGAGACCAGCCUGGGCAACAUGGUGAAACCCCAUCUCUGAAAACAUGUAGGUGGCAUAUUGACGUGCCCAAAUGCAAGUGUUUAUCCAGCCGAGCGUAAGAGCUGCCCCUUUCCGGCCUUGCCUCAGAUGCCGCAUCAUUGAUUUAAUCCUCUGUUGGAUUUGGCGGCUUCCCAAGGACACAACCUCACAGGGAGGCCGUGCAUCCCUUACGAAUUCGGGUCGCAGGGCACACAUGUGUUUCAGGAUUUUGCUUCCAUUGCUGGGUCUGUGUGUUCACAGCACAUGAGCUUGGCACAACCCUAGGUCUUCAGCCGCAUCUUUUGUGUGAGGCAGAGAAGGUCCAUCCCUCCCCCGCCAGGCGCUGGUCUCAGCACCUGUGGCCACCAGGGUCUUGCUGAGAAUGGGCCCUCACUGGUCCAUCUCACACCUGAGGCUGCGUCGGGCACCAGCUGCAGGAAGCCCAGCCUGGUCUCAGCACACGCUGCUGGCACCGUCUGGGCUGAGGCACUGGUGACAGAUGACAGCUCUGAUAUGGGGGGAGGAGGCAAGGGUGUGCACGGGCUUCCUUCUCAGAAAGGUGUCACACUGAGUCGGCGUCCACCUUCCGUCCGGGGGCAGAGCACACGUCCCUGCCGCGAGAGCAUCAGCCUGCGGAGCGGCAGCAGCAGAUUGGCCAGGCAUG